GUCACGAAAUACAAAAUCGUGUAAAAAACGUCCAGGGAAAAGCCAAGGCCAAUCUUCUUCUCAACCAAAAGCGCGCCUCCUGGCGUGGCCUCGUGGCCAGUUUGUCGGCCUGGUCCACGAAUCAGAGGCGACGCGUCUUUCGCCGCGACUCGCGCAGGAAGCGCCGCCAUGGCUCUUCCCGCCCGCUGAGAAGCCGCUGCUGCCGAAAGGGCUGCUCAGAUGAGCAGUACUGGACCCAGCCCAAUGUCAGCUGUUCCGUCUAGCAGUGGAAGAGGGACGGGGAGAUCAACAAACUUUAUUCUAGAAUUGCAAAGUAUGAUGUUUUCCUUAGGAGAUGCUCGCAGGCCCCUACAUGAAUCAGCAAUAUUGGUUGAAGACAUUGUCCACACUCAACUGAUUAAUUUGUUGCAACAAGCCUCUGAAGUGUCUCAGAUGAGAGGUGCUAGAGUAAUCUCUGCAGAAGAUCUCAUUUUUUUGAUGCGCAAAGAUAAGAAAAAACUUCGAAGAUUACUUAAAUACAUGUUUUUCCGAGAUUACAAAUCUAAAGUUGUCAAAGGCAUUGAUGAAGAUGAUCUUCUUGAAGACAAAUUCAGUAGCAGCACUAACAAACGUCAGAAAUCUGCUCAAGACUUUCUUAUUUCUAUUGAUCAGACUGGGGAGCUCUUGGCCUUGUUUGAAGAUGAUGAGAUAGAUGAUGUAAAGCAAGAGAGAAUGGAGAGAGCAGAAAGACAAGCACGAGUGAUGGACUCAGCACAAUAUGCAGAAUUCAGUGAAAGCCGUCAGUUGAGCUUUUCCAAAAAAGCCUCCAAAUUUCGAGACUGGUUGGACUGUAGUAGCAUGGAAAUAAAACCAAAUGCAAGUGCUAUGGAAAUGCUGGCUUAUUUAGCAUAUGAGACAGUAGCACAGCUGGUGGACCUGGCCCUUUUGGUCAAGCAGGACAUAAUACCGAAAGCUGGUGACCCUUUUAGUCAUGCAAUAUCUGCUGCUUUUAUUCAGCAUCACCAUUCUGAGAUGCAUGUUUUAGGGCAGACUGCAAGUAUGAAGAGUAAUCCAGGCUCACCUGAUAAUACUCCACCACCAACCCCCACUCUGCCAUCAACGGGCCCACAGUAUCUUGGGAAAAUUCAGCCUGGGACAAUGGGGAAUGGCAGCACUGGACAAGAAUCCUCCAAAGUCAAACAGCGAAAGAAGAAAAAAAGUACUGCAGCUUGUGGUGUAGAAGCCCAGAGUGAUGCCAUCCAGCCUGCCCACAUCAGAGAGGCCAUUCGCCGCUACGGCCACAAGAUUGGACCCCUUUCCCCUUACACAAGUGCCUACCGCAGAAAUGGGAUGACUUUUCUAGCUUGCUAAUAUGGAUGUGCCUGCAGCAACAGGAAAGACAAUGUUAUAUAUUUAAGGUGGGUUCUCCUCCCCCCACCAGCCAAUUCGGUAUUUGCAAGCAUACUUGUGAGUGGACUGGUUUGUUGUGACUAUCAACUGGCCGCUUCUGUCUCUUUUUUCCUACCCCUCAGUCAUUACUCCUGAUUUCUAAAUGUAACAUUUAGCUAAUUAAUGGCAGGAUGUUUGGUAUGUUAUGGUAAAUUGCACAGUUCUGUCGUUUACCCUCCUCCUCAAAAUUAUUACAGUAUUAGCCUUCAGGAACAAACUUCAAACUUAAAAUUAACAAACCUUUUUAUUAAUUUUAACUCAUCACCUUUAUAAAGAAAGUUAAAAGAAGCUGUGGUGUAUUUACAUCAAAUUGCUAAUUGCCUUAUUUGUUUGCCCUUUUCAGGAAAAUAAUUAGAAAAAUGUUGAUUUUUAAAAAUCUAAAAAGCCAGUUGCUAUUUUGUGUAAUUUUGAAACUGAUAGACUGACCAGGAACUGUGAAGCAGAAUAUAAUGUUGUUUUAACAAUCAGUUUACAUAUGGUUAUAUAACAUUAGAAUUCAACUAAAAUACGAUAUAUCAAUACCGGUCUUCCAAACUGGAUUUUUUGUAAAGUAGCAGUUUCAAAACUAUAUGCUAUGAGAGUCUCCUAUGAGUGCUGAACAGUUGCACCACAAGUGAUGCCACACAAAGGUAAGCGUUUCUGGCCCAUCUGUGCACCAGGUAUGAUUGCCUCCUUUUCAGUCAGUCACUUUGCAGAGACAGAACUGUAGAAUGGAGAAAUCCAAUCCUGUGCAGUUCAAGAAAUGGGUGAGGCUUUUACACUCAGAAAAAAAAGAUAAUCAUUUAGUGAAUCAUGCAAAAAGCUGAAGGCAGGGAUAAUUCUUUGUAUUUUGGGAUAUUAAUUGAAAGGCUAUUUCUACACCAAAAAUAUAUAUUUGUAUUAUCCCAAUACAAAUGCCUUUCUCACAAUAAUUAUAUGAGAAGCUUUUUUUCUGUUAAGGUAAGCAUGGUAGAUAGCAAAUUGUAUUCCUAAUUUUUUUCUAUGAAAUGAAAAAGUGGAAACAGCAUUUUGCCACUACAACAAGAUUAUCGGCUUAUAUGCUUUUUCUAGGCUUUCAGUGCUUUGUGAAUGCAUUUAUUUGAAUUUUUUUGAAGGCAAUGACACAACAGCAUCCCCUUCUUUCUUUUUCUUGAAGCACCUAAUGCCUUGGCUUUUCUUCAGUAGUUACGUUACUAAUCCAUGAAGAAUUCUUUUCAAUUGCAAACUAAUUUCAGUGUUCUGUUUCUGUCCAAGGUCUACACAAGACUACAUGUGGUUCGUUUUAAUUUUUUUAUUAAAACUUUAGGAAAACUUUCACAAUUCUAUGAUGAGGUCUGAAUGUGGCCAUCAUUUUUGAAUGGGAUCUCCUGUAAUGUUUACAUUAAACCCUGCAGGAUGAACUCAUUGCCAAGUGUUGCUGCUGUAGAGUUAGUUGUAAGAGCCAAGGACUUCAAGAGUCCAAAUACUGGACAUUCACCAUAACCAGCCUUAUACAGAUCGAUCUCUUUAGAAGUCAGUGUUUAGAUGUGGUUACUUUACUGAAUUAUUGCAACUGAUAUAUUCAGUAUUAUGCUUUUCAUAGUGGCAUAAUUAUACUUUGAAAACAUUUUUGCAUGUCAUUUUUCUGGAAUUGAUCUGAUGUUAAAGAACUAAAAAUAGUGUAUACAGUAAAGAAGAAAACCCAUUGCUGAUGUUCUGUCUAUGCUUGCUGAAAUAUAUGAUUAAACUUUUCUUUUUAUCAUGAUUUCUUAUUUUUCUUGGCAUCCAUAAUGAUGGAAAAUUAUAUGCUUGCUGUAAACAUCCAGACUUUUUAAAGGACACCAGCAUUUAUUGUAUUUGGUUUCGAUCUGCAGGCAUAUAUGCAAAAAGAAAACAUUUUAGGCCAAGAAUACUGAAAUAAAAAUUCUUUCUCUAGAUGUAUCUUUGUUUUAAAAAAAUGCAUAAGCAGAAAAAGCACUGGCAUUUAUUUCUUACUUGGUACACUUACAACCCCAGAGAAUGAAAAAUCAACAUAUAUUUCUCUUAGAAAUAUGACAGAUCAUGUUUUUGUUGGUCUGCUGUAUAUUUGUCUGUCUUGAACAGUCUGACAGGCAAUUAUUUAUAAAAUCUAGUUUGUUCAAUAAACCCAUAUAAUAACCUUUCUCUUCUCCAAAAAGCAAGAAUUAUAAGCCAAAAUGAAAAAAUUGUAAGGAAAACAAGCUACAUUUUGUCUCAUUUUCUUGGAUCAGUCUGUAUUUAUUCCCAGAAUGACUGAAUAUAGUAUAGUUCCUAUAUUUUCAUAUUCCUUUUAUUCUUGCCUCAUAUUUUUUCUGUGCCUCCUUAAUUUUUAAUAUUCUUAUAUUAUUUAUAUUUACCUAAAUAUCUAGAUUUUGAUUUUUCUCUCCAGAAAGAACAUACUGAAAGAAGGAUUCAAAAUAAACAAACAGAUAUAAAUACAAUCCACCAUUAAAACACAAUUACAAAAUUAAAAGCAACUUCAGGACAAAAUUACAGAGACCAAACUAAAUACCAGAAUCCCAUAUUUAAAGAGAAAGUCUCCAGUGGUGAACUGGAACACAGAGUUCCCCAUACUACCCCUUUCUCUAAGGCAGGGAGACCUCUAUUCAUAUGCUACAGGUGGUGGUGGUGGCACCACCAGCAGAUGAUCUUCUCAAACAGCUUCAUCUUUCCCCAAACUUCAUCAGUAAUCUGAAUAGGUGAAUCCUUAAAAGGACAAUUCUCUGUUCAACCAUAUCUCAGUAACACAAGAGGGUGUGAGGUAAGAACAAUUAUUUACAGAAGUAUAUCGUAACCUGUUUAGGGGAGACUCAAGAUUCCAUUCAUUGCAUGUAGAUUAAGAGGGAAAGUCCAUGGAAAACAAGUCUGUCUCAUGUGUUAGAAGUUGCCUUUCAAGUUUAAGGGUUUGGAUUGAGAUUCUUAGUUUUUGAACCAAAAGUUCCUUUAAUUGUUUGAAGAAUAAUUUCUUACUUUCCUCUGUACACCACAAAAGAGCUAGUUUUUCUUUUCCAUAUGCAGCAGCCAAAUUUGAUGUUCCUUCACACUCUCAGGAGGCUGUCCGUUGAAAGAAGUCUUUCUAGAUUUGGGGGGGCCUUUGGUCAAAGCAAGAUUACUGUGGAAAGAAUUCCUUUCUGGCAGGCUUCAGAUUUAGAAGGGACCACGUUUGCAUUAAAACUCUGCCAUCAGCCAUGUGCCGUUCUCAUAAAAUAUUUUAUAGCUUCCUGUCUAGCUCAUGCAGAAUGUUUCAUAGUACAUAAACACUUCCAGAGAUAAUUUGAGGAUAAAUAGAUAGUGGCAUUUGUCAUAGAUAUAAUGUCAACACUGAAGGCUCUUCUAUUACGUUUUAUUGGGCAAGUCAAUCUUUUUCAUUUUUUUUUAAGGCUAGGAAUCAGGUUGGGCUUUUAAAACUGCAGUGAUAUAUCUGAACAGAAUAGCAACAUAGCUAAGAAAACGUGAUGGGAUGCAUUUAAUCAAUGACUCUUCCAGAGGGCAACAAGCCAACAUUAUUCAGCUAAACCAUCCCUGGAGAAAUGGAAUGUAUAUUUUGUGGCUUAAGUAAGGCCAUCUGGCCUUAAAAAUAAAAAAAGGCUACAUAUCUAUUAUAACUUUUUAUUGUAUCUUAAAAUAAUGACACUUUUAAAAAUUCCAUAUAUUUCAUAUAUCAUGAUAGGACCAAAAUUAGAUAUCUAAACUUUCAUUAAACAUUAAUGUGGUGGCAAUACAAGCAACUCUUUCAAGGCAGAGGAUUGUAGAUAAUGAAAUGUUCAUACUUCAAAGGCUCGGAGUCAUAUGAACUAAUGAAGAAAGCAUGGAUUCUGUAGCAUACUUAUUUCAUAUUUGUUACUAGGAGUACUUAUAAAGCAAAAACAAUUCUUAGAAAUUAUGUACUACUUCUUUAAAGACCUUAUCGUGAAUAAAUGUGGGCAUGAAGAGUAUCAUUUAUUCGGAGACUAGAUGAUGAUUUUUCCUAAAUAUGGGAUGGUUUCUUGAAUCCAAACAUUUCAGAUGAUACAGAGAGUAUAGUAGAGGUAAACAAUCUGAAGAUCCAUUGGAACAUACCGUAUAUGCCGGCGUAUAAGGCGACUUCCGCGAGCGCUGAAAUCGGCACCAAAGAUGGGGGUCGUCUUAUACGCCGAGUCAUCUUAUACGCCGGAAAUACUGGUAGUUUCUGGCGUAUAAGACGACGUUCUAGGAAUGCGGCUCGGCGAUAAAGACGGGGGUCGUCUUAUACGCCGGGUCGCCUUGUACGCCGGCAUAUACGGUAUUUUCAGUAUCUCUUUGCUGAUCAUUAAAGUGCCUGAACUGUUUUUAGGGUUCUGCAUAGCCUAGAAAAAAUGUCACUCUUUUAUUAAAUUAAAUAAUAUUUUUAUUUAAAUCAUUAUUUAUUAAAAUAAUAAUUUGUAAAAUUAUGAAGUUAUCAUUUUUUUCUUACAUACUUUAAUUUCUCCCAAAGCAUUUAUUCAGAAAAUGCAUUCAUUUCAGUAUGAAUUUAAAAAUAAAAAAUGGAGUUCAGUUGAUUCACUACAUAAACUAAAUGGGUUAUCUCCAUUAAGGGGAAACAAAGGGUGAAAUUGAUGUAGAACAUGGGCUGAUGACUGAAAGAUAAUGUCUGAAUGCUCCAUGAAACUGCUCUGAUGAACUGGUCAAUGCACAUUAACAUGUUUGUCUGAAAGUAGUUUAGCUCUGCAUAUAUUUAGCCUUUGCAAACAGGUUAGUUCAAUUUGUUUAAGAUCAUUUUCCAAAGCUGAAGAUCAACAUAAGUUUAAUAUUGAAAUAUAGAAGGCAACACCUGGUCAAUCUUCGCUGUUCUUGAAAAGCUAAAUAGACUUGUCCUAGUGAGUACUUGCAGAACUUUGUGGAACAGAUGUCGAGUAAGGCACUGUCACAACCUAAGCUUUGCAUCUUGUGGCAUUGCAUGAAAGGAUAUACUCUACAUUGUAACAGCAAAAAAAAAAAAAAAAACAUUUUCAGAUGAAAACACUGGAUCCUGAGAUGGCUGUAAGAACUUGAAUGGAAGACCACUAUGAAAUCCCAGGAAGCUAAAAUGGGAACCGAAAACAAUUUCCAUACAUUUGUGUAAAAAAAAAAAAAAAAAAAAACUAGAUAGACAUGCAUGGCAA